GAGUAUUGCUUCAUUUAAAAGUUAUUUCAUUUCACUACAAAAUGUAAAUUUUCUUUACUAAAAAAUAUCAUGAUUAUAAAAAAAUAGAUCGAAAAACACAAUUUCUUCAGCCAACUUUUCCAUCUGUGUACAAGCAUUGUAAUUUUAACGAAGCGUAAAAAGUUUGUGUAAACUAAACACCACAAAAGAUCAAAAUAAUGAACCACUUUAAUGCAAUUUGAAAUUGAAAACGAUUAAUUUUCAUCGGUUAUGAUCCUUCUGCAAUUGUCUUGAAGCGGUAAGUAAUUCCGAUCAGAAGAACCGUUAUGAAUGCUAUCAAACUAUACGUUUCGACGGCCAGAUUAAUAUUGGAAAACGACCACCAUGAUUUUUCAGUCUGCAAAGAGAUCGCUUACACGUUUCCUAGUCUUGAGCAAUCUCUUACGUGCACCGUAUGUCGUAAUUUACUAAACGAACCGUAUUCACCGACUGAAACAUCCUGUCAACAUCAUGUAUGUAAAUCAUGCGUCGGCGGCCGUAAAAAGCUACGUCCAUCUUGUAGCUGGUGUAAAGAUUACACCAAAUAUAUACACAAUAGUCAACUGCAAUGUUUACUGGUAUGCUAUAAGGGUUUAUGUGAUUAUAUCAAAUCUUCCAAUUUGUUAACCCAGCUGACUGAAUUAUUUCCUACGUAUACCGAAACUGAUAGAAGUAUCAAUAGUAUAGUUCUGAAAGGUAUUGAACUGCCUUACGGUAAAGAACCUAGUCGAAUCGAACCAAAAACUAGUGUUGUAUCAAAUCUAACGGAUACUGGUCAAAACAAGAACGCCACAUUCGAUUCGAGUUUAUCGCCUGGUAAAAGCAAUACCCAUGAUUCUACUUUCAUAGACGUAGGAAAAAUUAAGCUAGAGUCGCAUGAUGAUGUUGGAAACGAUUCGCCGCCUGCAUCGCCGAUUUCAGUCAACACAGAAAACAUCCCCAAGCUUAGGGAGAUCUCAGACAAAGGCAAUGCUAAUUAUAACGAUACCGUAGGCGAUAAAACUAUGUAUUCCGUAUCAUUCGCUGGUACUAGGAGUAAACUGAUACUGAAACGUAGACCGGCUACUACGCAACGUGAGAUGAGAAAGGUUGCUGUUUACGAAUCAGUGAACAAAGAUCAGUUACCAGUAUCGAAUUCUGUACGAUCUCAACAAUUCUCUUCUCAAAACUCAUCGAACGAGAGUCGAUGCCGUAAGAGUAAAUCGAAACCAGUGGUAAAUUCAGAUCGUCCUAAUUGUAGAUGUGGUAACGCAACUCCUCGUCCUGGUAAAUUAACGUGUUGUGGCCAAAGAUGCGCUUGUUACAUGCAAAGUAAGGCUUGCACCGGAUGCAGAUGCCGAGGAUGUCGUAAUCCACAUAUGUUCGAUGGUGUUAAGGUUUUGGGUAGAUUUAUGAAAGAAGACCAACAAGAUAAUAAUGCAGUCUAUCCACAACUUGAUCCUAAUUUUCUAAAUCAACAAAUCAGCUACAUAUUACCAAACGAUAUACCGUCCGGUACAGUUUUAAAUAUCAGCUAGCGUUUAACCAAAGCUCGCCGGAAGAAGCGCAAAAGAAACUAAUUCUUCAUCUGUACUCGUUUCUAAAAAUCAAUCCAUCGUAAAUAUACCAACGCGAUGAAGGGGUAAUGUACCUAUAAUUUAUUUAGACGCGAAAUUGUGAUAUUGAGUACGAUUAUUUCGUUACACCUACUCGUAAAUUGCAACAAGUACCUACAGUUUUGAUAUGUGGUUUUCAGUGGGUGAAGAAAACAGUUCGCUGAAUGUGCUGCGAUAUUGGUGAAAUACGUAAAAUAUUCUGAUUUGAUCCCGUUUGUAUGGAUUAUCUUAACGACAGCAACGACUCUGUCGUUUUUUUUGUUUUUUGUUUUUUUAGUAAAUUGAUCGAAAACUUUGUAAAAAAUUAUUACGAUAGAAAUGAUCAAAAUCGAAAAUAUAUAGUACCGUACCUAGUGAAGUAGUAAAUAGGGAAUUUUUCUUGUUGUCUCCUCAUUGAAAUUUACUUUUGUAUAAAUCAUUAAAUCAUGAAUUUUCAA